CUCUUUCAGCAGCAGCAGCAGCAUCCUCUGGACCCGCACACAUCUCCCCGACUCCCUGUCGAUCAUCACAAACAGAAACACCACCUCUUGGGCUCCUAUUUAGUCCAGAGAGCAGACGAUUCUCAACGUCGUCGGGAUUUCAGGGACGUCUCCAUUUAUCGGACCGGACCUCUGUCACUGACUCCCUCACUCUCUUCAGGAAAAAUGGGGAAACAGAACAGCAAACUGACCCCUGAGGUGAUGGAGGAUCUGGUGAAGAACACAGAGUUUAAUGAGCAUGAGCUGAAGCAGUGGUACAAGGGUUUCCUGAAGGACUGUCCCACUGGGAGACUCAACCUGGAGGAGUUCCAGCAGCUCUAUGUCAAGUUCUUCCCGUACGGCGACGCGUCCAAGUUCGCCCAGCACGCCUUCAGGACCUUCGACAAGAACGGCGACGGCACUAUUGACUUCAGAGAGUUCAUCUGUGCUCUAUCCAUCACGUCGCGGGGAAGCUUCGAGCAGAAACUCAAUUGGGCCUUCAACAUGUACGACCUGGAUGGAGAUGGCAAGAUCACACGGGUGGAGAUGCUGGAGAUCAUCGAGGCCAUCUAUAAAAUGGUGGGCACCGUGAUCAUGAUGAAGAUGAACGAGGACGGCCUGACGCCCGAGCAGCGGGUGGACAAGAUCUUCUCUAAGAUGGAUAAGAACAACGACGACCAGAUCUCCCUGGAGGAGUUCAAAGAGGCGGCCAAGAGCGACCCGUCCAUCGUAUUACUCCUGCAGUGUGACCUCCAGAAAUAGGCCCCGGGUCGAGCGAAGUGCUCCACCAGCCGCCACGGACUGCACAGAAAGAAUUUCAUGUUCCAUUCAGUUUGCAGCUAUUUCCACUGAAAAAAAAAUGCUUGGACUACCUUUCAAUGGAUCUGCUUCUUGUGUUUGAAACACUCGUGUGCAUGAGAAUGUUAUUUGCUAUUUAAAAAAGGAAAAAAAAAAAGAGAUCCACACUCAACAUACGACAAGGUGAGAGUGCCGGGUGGACACUCGCACUACCAACACACACAUGCAGACACACACCUCGCACAAAUACUAUAUAUAUAGAGAGAUAUAAAUAUGAGUAUUUAUUAAAUGAUUUAAAGAUAACUGCCAAAAUGUGAAGUGUGCAAAUUAUUUUCCAUGUCCAUUCUUCCUGGGCUUGCUUGCACAUGAGUUAAAGUUGCAGCUUCUCUAUUUAUUGUUUACUGAUACUAGCUGUCUGUGUUUCAUGACGUCGACAAAACCAAACUCAUAUGAUAUCUGCCUCUGAUAAACACACUGUCUAUCAAGUAUUAGCUCUGGUCGAACAAAGAGAUGGACGGGAGUUUGUCUUAACUUUUCCUUGCUUGUACUGUUGGUAAAAUAUGUAAAGGUAGUUUAUUUGCAUGCCUCUAGGUCCUGCCUUAAAAUAGAUCUCUUCAUAUUGCAUCCUGGGACUGACGACAGAGAGAGAGCCUUAUCAGAGCCGACAGUGGGGAAAAGAUUUUUACUGAAUAGGAGAGAGAGUAACGCGACGGUAGGAGUGUCAUGGGUGAGACUUUAGUGUGGAGCAGGUUAAUAACCAUGGAAGCAUGUUUCCUUCCCUGUAGCUUCGCUGUGGUGUCUACCGCUUAGAUCUUAACCCCAGACCCUCAGCAUCUCAACUUUGGAGCAGCAGGUCGAACCAGAAUCUUGAAUGCAAGGAGUUGUAGAUCUUUUUAGAAUUAAUAUCACUCACUUUGUCACCAUCACUCCCCACGCUCUUCUGACUUUCCUCCUGGUUGCAUAUCAAGUGUUUAGAGGUUAGAGGCAUUUGUUUUUUUUCAGUGGAAGUAAAAGACGAGAGGAGCAGUGAUUCCUUUUUGAGCGCCCUCGCUGUGAAGCCAAGCCUUUAGUUCGGACCUCUACAUCUCCAAGUAUUCUCUCUCUCCUACCAGUCAGUCAAUCUUUUUGUACUUUUUUACUCCCCUCUCACACCGACGCACGGUAAGUGUGGAGAAGCUCAGUCAUCUUUGAAUCAGAACCCGGUAUCUAAAGUUACAUCAAGUCAGUCCGCUUCACAUGAACUUCUCUACAUUUUUGGCCGGAUUAUAGUUCUAAUUCCGUUAUUGCUAUAAAGGAUCAAGAUACCAAAUGCAAGCAAAGGCAACCGUGUAUGAGAAUUAUUUUGUAGCAUGUAUUGUGUCCCUGACAACAUGGCUGCACUACUCCCUGUGUUGUGAUUUACUCUAAUAAAAGGAACUCUAUGGGC